AUGGGACUCCGACGAGAAGAUCAAGAGACAACUGAUGAUGAUGCUGGUCAUGAGGGAGGAUUGCAGAACAGGCUCUAUGAAUUCUUGAGAGAUGAGAGGUAUCUUAUAGUCAUCGAUGAUGUAGUCAGUACCAAAGUCUGGAAUGAUUUGAAAGAAGCAUUUCCAAAUGGACAAAAUGGAAGCAGAAUAAUGCUUACAACCCGUGACGCGGAGGUUGCUUGUCUCGCCAAUUCAGAUGGCAUUCCUCACAGGCUAUGGGUGCUAAGUCCGGCAGAUAGCUGGGAGUUGUUCACAAGAAAGGUAUUCAUAGCUCCAUGGCAAGUAAGUACUGAAGCAUGUCUCUCUACUUCUCAUACCAUGAAUUUGUGCGUCCCUCCUCAAUUGGUUGCCAUUGGAAGAAAGAUGGUGAAAAAAUGUAAGGGUAUUCCCCUGUUAAUUGUAGGAUUGGUAGAUCUAUUGUCAAGUAGACCUGCCAACAUUAGCGGGUGGUCAAGUGUACUUCAUGGCGCAGAUAUGCGUGCCAUUGCAGAUGAUGCCACCCAUCGGUGGCUUAAUCUAUCUGGCUUCUUUGAUAAGAUGAUAUCUUCACAUGUGAAACAGAGGCUUCCUUACCUUCGGCGGCUCUUUCUGCCUAAUGAGAUCGAGAUCCCUGCAAGGAGGUUUACUCUGUCAUGGGCUGCAGAGGGCUUAUUCUUUGGACAGAGAUAUGGUGAAUUUGCGGAGGAAGAAGUUGCACAUGACUGUCUACAACAGUUGAUACUUUUUGAUAUAAUUCGAACAGAAAAUUUGAGUUCCAAUGGAAAUGCCAAGACAUGUAGUAUUCCCCACGAUCUGCCAAUGCGCGGGGUCUUAAGAACUAACAAUGCCAGCAACUCUUCUCAUGAUGAUCAUCGCUGGGUUUGGUUUUUUCCUCCAGAGAAUCUGGAGAAUACUGAUCAUUUUGUUCACCCUCAUCAAGAUCAUGUUUACCAACAGCAGCAGCAAACAGGUGGUAAUGCAAAUUCCUGCGAAACACUUUGUUCCUUUUGGUGCUUUAAUUUUCGGGGAGGAUAUGAAGCUGGGCAGGAUGUAGGGCUCUUUCUCCAGAGAUGCAUUAGUGAGGGUGGGUUGCAGUUUCUUGGGGUGCUUGAUCUAGAAGGUGUGGAUAAACCUUGUCUACCUGAGGCAAUUGGAGAGCUAAUCAACUUGAGGUACCUUGGUUUAAGAGAGACCUACUUGGACACACUCCCUUCAAAUAUAGGCAAGUUGCUGAAACUCCAAACACUUGAUACAAAAUACACAUAUGUCCGUAAUUACCCUCGUUCUAUCCAGAAAUUGAAAAAACUAAGACACCUUCAUCUGAACGAGUUGCAAUAUUCCAGUGAACUUGUUUCAUAG